UCUGGCUUUGACGUUGAAAUUCACACACGUGAUCAUCACAAGAGAAGAUUAUUUCUUUCUUGCAUGUAUAUAGACGGAGCUAUCUGCAGAUAAGACGAAAUGGCAUCCAAGCCUGAUAUGAAGGUUGCAGUGGUAACGGGAGCGAACAAAGGCAUUGGGCUGGAAAUAGUAAAAUCCCUAUGCCGCCAUUUUGGACAAGAUGGCGUCGUUUACCUGACUGCGCGUAAUGAAGGGCGUGGCCUAGCAGCCGUAGAGCUCCUUCAGAAAGAGGGACUCAAUCCUAGGUUUCAUCUUCUUGACGUCACUGACCAGAGUAGUAUCGAUACACUACGGGAUCACCUCGAGAAAGAGCAUGGCGGGAUUGAUAUUCUUAUCAACAAUGCUGGCAUCGGUACAUCGCACCAUCUACCCCUUUACGAAAAAUCACUGCCCGUUGUGAAGACAAACUUCUUUGCCGUUCUAGCAGUCUGCCGGAGUUUAAUGCCCCUAGUUCGGCCAAGUGGAAGGAUCGUUAAUGUUGCAAGCACGACGGGGUAUAUAGCAUUUAGAGAACAGUUGAACGAGGAUUUGAAGAAUCGUUUUCGACAAGUUAAAGACGAAGAAGACCUUAUGGCUCUGAUGGAUGAAUAUCUGCAAUCCUGCAAAGAACGGACCAUAGGGAAGAACAGAUGGCCGGAUAAGGCAUAUGGAAUAGCCAAGCUUGGUGUCAUUGUAUGGACCAAGAUACAGGCUAAGAGGUUGUCUGAACAGGAGAUGACACGAGGCAUACGCGUCAAUGCGUGUUGUCCAGGCUUUGUGUACACCGAUCUGACUGCUCACUUACCCGCCGAUCACUAUGGAGGAACUAAAAUUUCAACCGUAGAGGGCGUCGCUACUCCUGUUUUUCUCGCACUCUUACCGCCUGGUGCAGAGGGGCCAAACGGAGAGUUCCUUUUGCGAAGGAAAUCCUAUGAUUUCCUCCACACCGAUGUAACCAUUGACAUAUGUGAAUAAAAUUAUGUGCGAAUGUGCAUCAAUACUUCCGAUACGAUGAAGGGUAAUUUCUUGUAAUGUAAUGUAAUAUCAUGUAAUGCAAUGUAAUGUUAUGUAAUGAAGUGAAGUGUAAUGUAAUGCAGCUGUAUAAAGAAAACAUGUUAUAGGAAGGUAUUACCUUAUAAUUUCGAAAUCAAAGUUACUGAUUCAGUAGAUAUUCCAUUAUCAUUCACAACCCUUUCUGUUAGUCCGUAAUCACGUGAUCUGCAGAAGCCAAUCAUGCCCAUAAGGGUAUCACCAUUAUCAUACAAUGAAGAAUUCUUCCGAUAGGCAAAAACUCAAUUCAGCUAAUCAACCUUGCCAGUGCUUAUAUAAUUUUCCUCGUUUGCUUAUUUUUUUUUUCUUGUAAAAAUUAGGAGACUAUUUUACAUGUUGAUUUUUUUCUGUCAUUGGAGUUUAGGCCUAGCUCUAUUAGCCUAACGUGAUCAACAUUUAUUUGCAUUCUCGAUUUAAACAUUAAAUACAUUGAAUACAUUGUGUAUUGGAUAAAUAGAUUUUGAACGAAAUACUGUAA